UGUUUAGCUACAAUAACAACAUGUUGCUAGCUUAGCUACCUUUAGCACAGCAGUCGUUAGCACCCAAACGUUGCGUUACGGGACAUUACGGUCGCGUGAUACUGUCACGUUAAUUCGAAAAAAAGCGUUUAAAACGCUUUGAAGUUUAACUGAACAUAAAAAAGAUUUUAAAAAUAAUCGGCGACUUUAAAGACCAUUAGCUCAGAUUUGUAGCAGUAGCAAGCUAGCAGGUUAGCAUCGCGGUUAGUCCACGUCAGCUGAGACAGCGGCGGUGAGCAGGUGUGUUUCCGCUUCCCGGUAACACACCUGCGUCCGUCACGUUUGAGCCCACAGGUGAAUGGGGUUUCGGCUCAGCUGUGAGUGUGUCAUUUUUGUGACUUGCAGUAGAAAGAUUCAGGGAAACUGGAAGCUUAUGGAUUCAUCAAAACCACCCUCAUUUUUCCCGAGAGGCACCUCAAAGGUUUCUCUCAAUGAGCGCUUCUCUCACCCUCUUACCCGGCCCAGAAUGACGACCUUUAACCCCGUCCUUCCACACCAGAGGAGGGUGUAUGACGCCCCACAGGUGGUCCUGCUGGUGAGGAGAGAGAGGUCAUCACCGCUCAACCUGCAGACCCGUGACACGUCUGUGGGGGUGACGCAGCGUCUGAGGAGGAGGAGCGUCUGGACUCGACUCGGCUGGAAUAAGGCGACUCGUCGCUUCUCGAUCUCCAAACUUCGAGGCUUCUGGAGCUUCAGGAACAAGUACAAGUGGAGAGCCAGGUUCACCUCCACCUACAGGGGACGAGCAAACCUUCAUAGUCGACUCGGGCAGCGUCGCCUCCUGGGGACGAGAAACAUCUGGAAAUUAACAGCAGGACAAACACACCUGCAGAGGGGCGGGGCCACCUCUGUCAGUGGGCGGAGCUGGAGCAAAGCCAACGUACCAACCAAGAAGAAGCUGGACGCAGAGCUGGACAAGUAUAUGUCAACGUCCAGGAGCCGAUUGGACAAACAGCUAGACGAAUACAUGUCCAAAUCCAAGAGCCGGCUGGACGCUCAGCUGGACGAGUACAUGUCGAUGGCGGGACAGAUAGAGACAGACUGGGACUGAGACGGUUGUCAUGGCGGCGGAGGGUUCAGUUUUCAGCCGGUUUUCUGCCUACAGUUUGAUUUUGUGACGGAUAAAGCUUCAUUAUUUGAUUUAAACAGAUGAAGGUUAAAGAUGUUAAUGUUUAAUUUGACGGGUGGAUUAUUGAUCGAUGUGAUGGAGCUGUAGGGGGGAGGAGCUCUGACUUUAGUUUGAACUCACAGGUGAGUUCCAGGUGUGCAGAGGCAGGAAGUCGCCGUGUUGCUCUCAGUGAACGUGUAUUAGUUUCACCUGUUUGGUUUGUUCAUCAGUUUAUCGUCACCUGAAUAGGCCGUGUGCACUUCACUGACCGCUCUGUGUGUGGGAACUUUUUCCGAUCGUGUUACUGAGGCUCCACUUUUGUUACCAGAAUUUAAAAAAUAUAUAUUUUAAUAAAAGAUGUUACCUGCCGAGUCACUGUUGUUUACUUCAGGUGUUCAGAAAGUGAAGCACAAUUCAAGUUU